AUGUUAGAAGAAAGGCCCGGGCGCGAAGCGCGUAACCAAUCGAGCAGGGCGGCAAAGAAAACCAGCCCGGUAAUAAUGGUAGUAGGUACGAGUGGCGGCAAAAAUAUAUUAUUUAUAUUUCCGGCGGCAUAUUCGGCCGAAAAAAUAACGAUAAUAAUAAUACCGUUAAUGUCGUUGCGCAAUAAUAUUAAAAACAAAUGCGACGAAUUGGGGAUCAAUUUCGUGGAAUGGGCGUCGGAGCGGCCGUAUAAAUAG